AACGACGAGCUCUUCUGACACUGGAAAAUGUUUCAAUUACCAGUAUUUCUCAGGAUAUAUUAGUUUGAACUACAGUUUAAGAGCAGAGGCAACAAAGAAAAAGAAAGCUGGUCUUUCAUCUCAACACAAUUCUAAAGAAUCUUAAACUUGUUUUCUGCCAAAUUUAUACAUAUCUCUUGUACUCAAAAAUAUUAAAUAAAAAAAAAAUAUGAAGGAAAUUUAAUCUAUUGAGACGAGGAGCAAGAAAAAUGCAAGAAGAAAAGAUGGAUAUUUGCAAUCUGCUAAUAACACAUCAAUAAAUCAGGAUCCAAAAGAUUCCACUGAAUACCGUUUUGAGCCAUUUCUAGAGAGGAGACUAAACUACCUGAAUUGCAUGACUCGUGGAUCCUUGAGCGCAGCCAUUCUCAAAGGAAAAGAAAACCUAGUGAAGAUAAUUAUAUCUAGAGGAACUCCCGUCAACUUUACAGAUCGACUUGGCCGAACACCAUUACAUAUAGCGGCUGGAAAGUCUGAUGCAGCGAUCAUCAAAUUAUUAUUAAAGCAUAAAGCUAAUGUAGAUGCGCAAGAUUUUCAAGGAAGAACUCCACUCCACUUUGCAACUUCAACUGGAAAUUUAGCAAUCGUAAAAUUACUCGUUAAUGCUCCAUCUGUAGACGGAAAAAGUGCAAACAUUAAUUCUGGGACUUUUCAUAGAUACACCCCCCUUCACAUUGUAGCGCUAGAGGGUCGCUGGAAUUUGAUAAAAUACUUCGUCGAGAACGGUGCAGACGUUAAUGCUCGAGAGUCAUUAACCGGCUGUACUCCUCUUCACUUUUCAGCUUGUUCUGGACAUGUCAGUACAGUACAAGAACUUAUAAAAUGUGGAGCUGAUGUCCAUGCUCUGACCAAACAAUGUUACAGUCCACUACACUACGCAGUGUUUGGAAAAAUUCGGGCAAAGGACAAGCAAAGGAAAAAAACACUUUCAUGUUUCACAGGACUUCAAAUGCAGAAACAGGCUAAAAUAAUUGACAUACUUUUCGAAGCGGGUGUGACAUUAAAUCCCGAUAAAAGUGUUCGAUCUCCAUUUCAUUUCGCGGCACAAAGAAAUAAUGAUGUUUUAUUGAAGAAACUUCUACAUUAUGGUGCGCAGGUAAAUGCUUUCGACAAUAAAGGAUUCAGUGCAAUACAUUUAGCUGCUGCUGAAGGUAGUCCCAAUAUUAUUAGGAUUUUACUCAAUGCCGGAGCAGAAGUUAAUAUCAAAUGUUCAGUUGGUAAUCUGCCUAUACAUUAUGCGAUUAUGUAUUUUAAUGUAAACGUUAUAUCAACGUUAGUUCAAGCAGGUGCUGAUAUAAACGCGAAAUCUAGUUAUGAUGACCCGGUGUUUCUUCUCUCAUUUAAAAACAAAAUUGAUCCGAAAAAUGAAUUUUUAAAUAUCUUGCUUGAAUCUGGUGCAGAUAUCAAUGCUAGAGAUGAGUUUAAUAAUACCAUAUUUCACUUUCUCGGACAUAAACAUUGUUGCGGGUACAAUGAUUUCUUUGCGACUAUCAUCGAUCAGUUUCUGGAUUUUAAUGCUGUAAAUCAAAACGGUAAAACUGCUCUGGACUGCGCUCUUAAAUUGUUAAAAGACGAUCGGACUGAAACUGCUGCAUUUAUCAUUAAAGCGAUUGUGAAAAUGGAAAGCACGAAUAAAUUCAGUAUUAAUGAGCUAAAUAAGAAAAUAAUUGAGACCAAGUGUUUGAAGUAUUACGAAAAUUGUAAAAAAGAGAUGGAGUAUCUGAAGAUAAAAAGAGUAUGGGGGAAUAUUAGCUUUUAUGAUUUACUAGAUCAACCAAUAAAGAAAUUGGUGUCAUAUUCGAGAAACCAAGAAUUGAUAAGAAUUUUGAAUCCAGGAAUCUGUCGGACGUUUCCAGCAUAUGGAGAUUUUAUACAACGGCGAAUGCAAAUAGCGCUAAAGAAAAGAAUAAUGUUAGACAACAGCGUUGCUGUUUUAGAUAGCCUAAUUAACAUAGUCCAUUUACCGUGGUUUAUAACCUUAGAAAUAUUGAACUUCUUAAAUUCAAGGGACUUAGAAAGUGUGAGCAAGGCAUAGUUUUGAUACGUAUAAUAUUGUAUGUAUUUAUGUGAUUUUUUUGUUUAUAAAUAAUUUAUUACGCUUAUUACGUGCAAUACGCUUUUUGAAAAUAUAACUCAUACUCAUAAGAAUAUUGAUACAAAACGUGUCAAAACUGUAUAUAAAAAAAUA